GUUGAUGUCAUAAUCUUGUACACAAUUAAUGUCCACUUCGCCCCCAAUUCUUUAGACGCGGUUUGCGCUAGUUGAAUCUUUUCAAAAACAUUGGCCCAGCAGGCAGACACCAUCCAGGGCGGCUUGUUACCUCAUGAUGUUGCGGGCUGGACGUACUCUGCCACGCUUGGCUCCGACUUUGCGCACGGCGACGCUGUCAGCGCCGGUCAGUGUGCGAUAUCAGAGCUCGACACCGAGUCGACCGGAGCCGGCUUCGCGAGCAGCUGCGUUGAUUGACACCUUGCCGGGCAACAGUGUCAUCUCGAAGACCGGAUGGGUCACUUUGGGCACCGGCCUGACCGCCUACGCCGUCUCCUCUGAGCUCUACGUCAUCAACGAAGAGACUGUCAUCCUCGGUUCCUUCGCUGCCUUUGCCGUCUUUGUCGCGACUCAGGUCCGAACGCCGUACAAAGAUUGGGCGGAAUCCCAAGUCGAGAAAAUCAAGGGAUUGCUCAAUGCCACCCGCAAGGAGCAUACCCAGGCAGUCCAGACGCGUAUCGACUCUGUCGGCGAGAUGAAGGAUGUCGUCGAUGUUACCAAGGCGCUCUUUGCGCUCUCAAAGGAGACCGCCAAACUCGAGCACGAGUCAUUCACGCUCCGACAAAAGUCCGUUCUGGCUCAGGAGCUCAAGUCGACGCUCGACUCUUGGGUCCGCUUUGAGGCACAAGUCAGAGAAGGCGAACAGCGUGAUCUCGUCAACUCGAUCCGCGACAAGGUCGCCAAGGACCUCGCUGACGCUCGUCUUCAGAAGGAGAUCCUGGCCAACGCGGUCACAGAGGUCGAAAAUCUCGUCAAGUCAAAGGCUAUCUAGGACCAUAGAGGAUGUAGCGCGUGCAGGCGCCGCGUGUCAUUGCAAAGGUGCUUCUACG